GCCACUCUGUCAUACACACUGCGCUAAAAACACAGAUUAUAAACACCCUUCCAACUUUCGAAUACAAAUAAGUACUCUGUUUCUCUCUUCCUUCUUUCUCUGCAUCUAUCUGCAACACCUUGUUUUCUCUCUCUAUUAUUACUAUUUUCUCUUUCUUUUUUCUUUUCUGUUUUCUUCAAACAUAGUGCAGCAUAUUUGAGUUUUGAAGCAGAAAGAAAUGGCAAAAGAAAGAGAAAAGAAGCUGUUUGUUGGAAUACUUGGGAACUAUGCAUCAGAGCUCAAACUUCUUCUCACAACUCUGCUUCUGUUGUGUGCAGUUGCAACUUUUCUUCAGUUCAUUCCUUCACGUUUUACUAUUUCUGCUUCCGAUCUACGCUUCUGCAUCUCAAGGGUGCAAUCUUCGCCACCACCACCUUCACUUUCACCACCACUAACAACCACUUCAUCAUCCUCAGUUUCACACCUUUCAACACACGAAGAAAGCAAAAUCACACUGCCACCGCCACCUCAACCAUCACCGUCUCCACCACCACCAGCGGUGGAACAAGACAAAAUCCUCGAAAAUGGCAUCAUAAAACGUGCCUUCAAUCCUUAUGGUUCUGCGGCAUAUAACUUCAUCACCAUGGGAGCAUACAGGGGAGGCCUCAACACUUUCGCUAUUAUCGGUCUGGCUUCAAAGCCUCUUCAUCUUUAUUCCAAACCAACAUAUGAGUGUCAAUGGCUCUCUUCUUCUCCCCCUCACACACCAAUCACUACUGUUGGUUACAAAAUCCUGCCAGAUUGGGGCUACGGAAGAGUUUACACUGUAGUUAUUGUCAACUGCACAUUUUCAACUCCUGUUAAUGCUGGUAACACUGGUGGAAAGUUAGUCCUUCGUGCCUCAACAAGUGGUGGAGGCGAUACUAACUUUAACAUAACAGAUACAAUAGAUGUACUCAAUGAAUCUCCAAAUUCAUUGGACCUUUCAGUUUUCACCUCUCCACCAAAGUACGAUUAUUUCUACUGUGGUUCCUCCUUGUACGGAAAUCUUAACCCACAGCGCGUGCGCGAGUGGAUCGCUUACCACGUGAAAUUCUUUGGUCCGAAGUCACAUUUCGUGAUCCAUGACGCAGGUGGUGUUCAUGAGCAGGUUCUUGAAGUUUUGAAACCCUGGAUGGAGCUUGGGUAUGUAACCUUACAAAACAUAAGGGAUCAAGAGAGGUUUGAUGGUUACUACCAUAACCAGUUCAUGGUGGUGAAUGAUUGCUUGCAUAGAUAUAAAUUCAUGGCGAAGUGGAUGUUCUUCUUUGACGUUGAUGAGUACAUAUAUGUUCCGCCCAAGAGUACUAUUAAGUCUGUGUUGGAUUCACUUUCUGAAUACUCUCAGUUCACCAUUGAACAGAUGCCUAUGAGUUCCAAGAUUUGCCUGUCUUCUGAUUAUGGAAAAACUUACAGGAAAUGGGGGUUUGAGAAGCUGGUGUACAAGGACUCAAAGAAGGGAAUAAGAAGGGACAGAAAAUAUGCAGUGCAACCUCGUAGCUUGUAUGCAACAGGGGUUCACAUGUCACAGAAUCUAGCAGGGAAAACAACUCACAAAACAGAAGGGAAAAUCAUGUAUUACCACUACCAUGGAACCAUAGCAGAGAAGAGAGAAUCAUGCAAGAUGCUUGUGAAUUCAACACAGCUCACAUAUGAGAAAACCCCCUAUGUUUUAGACACUACCAUGAGAGACAUUGCUGGUGUCAUCAAGAAAUUUGAGCUCAAGAUGAUUGGAUCUAGGCUACAGAAAAAUCGCCAAUGACAACAAC